AUGUGUUUUAAAGCAUCAAAAAGAACGAGAAAGAUCUGUGAAGGCCGUGGGAGACUCUCCUGCCCAGCAUUGAUGGGUCCCGCGUGUCUUCGCCCUUUUAUUAUUCUACUUGGAUUAUUUCUUUUAUUUCUCAGCUCCACAUCAGCGGUAAAGGUUGAAAACUUCACCUUAUUUGAAGAGAAGCUGAAGCUGGAGGCGCAUACAGCCAAUAUGAUUCCCUGUGUGUUUCACACACGGCGCCGCCUCAACCCACUCAGAGUCCAACUGGAAUGGGGUAAAAUGGAUAAGGAAGGUUACGUGUCCCUCAUACACCUGGACGGAAACCACGUGAGAAAGGCAGCGGCUGAUUUUGGGGAUAAAUACCAGCUGUUUAUACCCCAAGUGUCACAAGGGAACUGCUCCCUGGUGAUAAAUCCCACGGAUAUUGCAGACAGCGGCACUUAUCAGGUCCGGCUGAGGAUUCUAGGAAAGCUGUACGAGCCGGUUCCAUCCAUAGAGAUUCAGGUUGUCGAUCAGCGCAAAGUUGAGUCCCGGGCAUGGGGCAAGAAAAAGACGACUGUACCGCCAACCACUAUUGCAACAGUACCACCAGGAUUUGUUGACGACGUCCAAAAAAGACUUGCGAAAAUUGAUAAGAUGGCGAUUAUAGUGAUUGUACUUAAUGGGGUGUUCGUUGGUAUAGCCAUACUGCUAGGAGUCCUUGUAUUUAUUACGUACAGGAAAAAGAGUUCCUCUGGCGAUGAGGAGAACCCACCAAAAAAAGGGAAACAGAAAGGAAAGAAGGAACCAUCUGACGAGAGUGAGGAAAGCUCAUCCAGUGAGUCAGAAGAGAGCUCUAGUGAGAGUUAAUAGGAGAGACUGGGCAUCAUUACAUGAUGUGGGAGGGAGGAGGGCCAGUCAAUUAGGAGAAGAAGAAGAAAACCCAGUAAAUGAAACCAAUAACUUCUCAUCUGAAGGAGAAUGUUCUCAGUCUUUUGAUUCUACUUUGUAUCAUCUGCAUAAA